AGGUCGCCGGGGCCGGUGACGUCACGGCCUCCCUGGGCUGCAGGAGGGAGCUCUGCCUCGCCGGGGAAGCGGAGCUGAGCUCGCGAUGGAGCAGCCGGCGAACACCAGCAACCGGCGGAGGCAGGCGCUGGCCAGGGGCCGGGCGUCCUCUGGGGCCUCUGAACGGCGCAAGAUGGAGUCGAGUCACCGUGGCAACCGGGAUCAAGGCCCACCCUCCCCCAUUGGGUCUCAGCCCGUGUCUCCUCGGGGCAGCAUCACGGGAUUGGCAUCGCCUGGGUUGUUCUCCCCUUCUACCAACCAGUUCAGCUCAGAUGGACCUGUACGGUACCAACCUGAGGGAUCCAGCAAUGUCACAUAUGCUGGAGGAAACCUGCCAAGUGUGACUAGGCCUGACUCCCUCUUUGACCCUUUCCAUGCCCGGUCACAGCCCGAUGGGUCUCGCCAUGUGGCAACUGAGAGACAAAGCCAUCCUCUUUCCUUGGAGCUCAACAGAGCUCAGCCAGAGGGCUCUGUUGGGGUUCAGGCAUUCAACACCCCAAAUCUACGUUCUCCAGUAGAACUGCGACCGUUGUCUCCAGCAUCUGGCAGCUCGUCAUCCCUAUCCAACGUCUCUCCCUCCAUGAAACUCAGCCAGUCACCCAGCAGGGGCGUGCUCCCAGAACUGUGUGCCCUGGACCCAGUGACCUCCGGCAUCCUUGCUGCUGUAGAACUGAAGGACACUCUCCCAAAGGCCGAAUCCAGUGACCACAUCUGCCUGAGCCGGUCUGGCUCCUCCCACCGACCUAUAUCCCUCCCCAAAGCCAUUUCGAGCGAGUACAUCUCGGGUGGAGGAAGGCUGGGCCCUUCCAAAUCCACCAUGCUCUUGAAGGCUGAGUCGGAGGAGCUCGUGUCGUAUGGCAGGGUCAGGCCGCCGCCCAAACCCCAGGACCUGGGCAGCAGCAACAUGAACCCCAAAGAAAGUUUUCUGGCACGAUUCGGCAAGCCCCAGACCAAGGAGGACAAUGAGUUUCGCAUCACUGUGGUCACCUGGAAUGUUGGUACAGCCAUGCCUCCUGCGGAUGUGACGUCCCUCCUGCACCUCAACACGGGCGACUCCAACGACACAGACAUGAUUGCCAUUGGGCUCCAGGAGGUGAACUCCAUGAUCAACAAGCGGCUGAAAGAUGCCCUCUUCACUGACCAGUGGAGCGAACUUUUCAUGGAGGUGCUGAGUCCGUUUAAUUUUGUACUGGUGAGCACGGUGCGGAUGCAAGGCGUCAUUCUGAUGGUCUUUGCCAAGUACUUUCACCUGCCCUGCCUCCAGGACAUCCAGACAGACUGCACCAGGACUGGGCUCGGGGGUUACUGGGGUAACAAAGGCGGAGUGAGUGUGCGCCUCUCCAUCUUUGGCAACAUGAUCUGCUUCUUAAACUGCCACCUGCCGGCGCACAUGGAGAAGGCCGAGCAACGCAAAGAGGACUUCACCACCAUCCUCCACUUGCAACAGUUUGAAGGGCCGGUGGCCAGCGGGAUCCUUGACCAUGACGUCGUCUUUUGGUUUGGGGAUCUCAACUUCCGCAUCGAGAGCCUGGACAUCCGCUUUGUGAAGUACGCCAUUGACAACAACAUCCUCCACCAGCUCUGGGAGAAGGACCAGUUGAACAUUGCUAAGAGCACGUGGCCCAUCCUGAAAGGUUUCCAAGAGGGACCCCUGAACUUCCCCCCGACCUUCAAGUUCGACGUGGGAACCAACUUGUAUGACAGCAGUGCCAAGAAGCGGAAGCCGGCUUGGACGGACCGCAUCCUGUGGAAGAUUAAAGGCUCCGGAGUCUCGACGCACCCCGGACGAUCCACCAGUGGUGUCUCGGCUGUGACACAGCUGUGCUAUUGCAGCCACAUGGAGUACACCAUCAGCGACCACAAACCCGUGGUCUCUGUCUUUGCUGUGCAGUUUGCUUCCAGAGCUGAUGUGCACCUGGUGGAGCUUCAAGUGGCUGAUGAGUGGACAAAACCGGAACAAGCUGUCGCCAGGUACAAGAUCUCUUCAGGUUAUCACCGGAGCUCCUGGGACUGGAUCGCCCUUUACCGGGUGGGCUUCCGACACUACAAAGACUAUGUUGCCUACAUUUGGGCAAAACAGGAGGACACAGAAAGCAACAUUUACCAGUUAUUGUUUCCAGAGGAGUCUCUGCCCAAAGGGAAAGGAGAUUACAUCUUGGGUUACUACAGCAACAGCUACAGCUGUUUGGUGGGCGUGACGGAGCCCUUCCAGAUCUCGUUGCCCACCGUGGAGCAGGUCAGUAGCCCCACAGACAGCUCAAGCCCUACAUCGGACGAGGAGGACAACAGCACCAUGGUUCUCCUUGGCCCCAAAUCCCGCAGCCCCAGCCCCGGGAAGAUGAAGCGUCACCGCAGCCGGAGUCCCAGCUUGGCCAAGUUCCAGGGGCUGAUCCUGCGGUCGCCGAGCCGGGACCAGGGCGCCAGCCGCAGCCCGUCACCGCAGAGCCGCCGUGGGAGCAGCAUCCUCAAGAGCGAGAUUCCCAGCAUCCAGUUUCCCAAGGAGAGCCCCCGUCAACGCUCCAAGUCGCGGGAGCCGCCGCCACUGCAGCAGCAGCACAGUACAGAGGGACCCCGGCUCCCGGGCGCCUGGCGCUUUGACGAGAACCCCCUGGCACGGGCCGACCCCCGUAACCUGGGGCUUUUGCCGGCCGUGCGCUUGGAGACGAUUGAUCAGGUCAUUGGUUCUCGCCGGGAGAGUUCCGACCAGGGGCUCCCUCCCCGCAGGAUGAGUCCGACCAGCCCAACAGCGGCCCUUGCCACCCUCUUCAGUACCUCCCCAAAGGAGGGGUUAUCCCCGGACCACCACAGCCGUGAGGUGGGACACUGAAGAGACGGAGCUGGUCUGCACGAGCCGACUGUCAAACCAUCCCAUGUAGCAAGCUUGCAGUGUUAUCUGUGUCCUUGCCUGCCAGUUUUCUGUUCUCUCUCUCUCUCUCUGUGUCUCUCUUCCCCUCUCCUGCAAGGUUGCAUUAAGACCCAGGGAAGGGGCUACCACUCACAGGGCCCUGUCUCCUGACUCCAUCUGCUGGACAAUCCUCCUCCUUCCCUUCUGCGUAGGGGGACUGAAUAGUGUGAGCAAAAGGCCUCAGCUCUUUGGCCUUUUCACCCAUAUAAUACCCCCCUAAAAAAACCCAACAGCCAUUGGUGAGAGUUCCCUUACCUGCUGACCAUCCAGUUCGGUGCCGAGACAAUGCACCGUCUACCUACCUAUCCUUCUAGCUCCAUCUCUGCUCUUGAUCUGCAAUGUUGUGGUGGUUGUGGUAGUUGUGGCUGAAGACAGCUUUCCCCUUGAGACCCAACAGGAUGGCAAGAGGACGACUGCCCAGUGCAAAAGAACCAAGAGUUGCAGAGAGGGAGGGGGCAGGCACACCAGAAGCCACCCUCUGCCCUGGCUUGCAAAGGCAUUCUUUCUGCUGCUGGCUGCAAACCCCUCUGCCGUUUAGGCUCACAGCUGCUGCAGCGCAGGGCCCACACCUCUUAUCCUGGUUGCAAGAAGCUGUUGAGCAACAAGGGGGGGUAUGCACAGUGCACUAUGAUUGGGGGGUGAUAAGAGCAUUCAAAGGCAGGAGCAGGGCCCUGGGCCUGCACACAGCUUUGGAGGCAAAGGCUGCAGGCCCAGUUAGGGCUCAGCUGGUGCUCCCUAAAGGCUCGGCAGGGGAAACUGCCAGUGCCAGGGCAUUCUUGUCUGAGAGGAUGAGGCGGACGCAACACCGGCGACACCAUGGAGGACGCAGUGGCAGAAGCUUGGCUCCUGUUGCGUAAUGCACUGUUAAGCAGAGGAUGGACGUCAAGGUGGGAAGUCUAAAAAAGAACUUGGGGGGGGACGGUUGGGUUUCUGGGGCAAGGGUUGACCGUUGUGCCUUGGAACCAGGAAUGAA